CUUGUAUACUUACACAAUAUAGUUACGUAGGAGAUUAUAUGUGCAAAAGAUAUCUUUUUAUUGUUAUCGUAAAAAAUGGUUCACACAGACUGGGACCGUAUAUUAUCUGUAAACGUUUCCUCUUUGACGGACGAAGGAAUCGAGGAUCUUUUUCCUGCGGUGAUCCGAUGCGAUGUAGACGAGAUCACCGAUGUACACAGCUUGCGGACACUCAUGAGAUUAUCGCAAGAAAUCAUGACUUAUAAGGACAAUCAAGUGGAAGCUUUACUCCUCGAAUGUGGUGAAUUAAAAGAAACAAUAGCUUCAUUACGUCCUGAAGUUGCUAAGCGAAAGAUCAAAAGUCAUGAUAUACCUACAAUGAAACAAGAAUCUGAUGGCUAUAGCAAGAUUACCGGUUUAAUGGAGCAAACCUCUUAUACAGACACAAAAGAAAAAAACGAAAAAAUUAAGAUACUUAUGUUAGAACUAGAGAAUUUGGAUAAAGAAAAUGAUGUUCUCAAAGAACGGCUAAUAACAUUGAAGGAUGAGAUGGAAGAUGCAACAGAAAAAAUGAAUGGAAUGACUGAAGAAUUACGCUCUACUCAAAUAAAAAUUGCAGAAUAUAAAGAUAAAAUAUUGAGUUUAAAACAAGAAAAUGCUGCUUUGAUUAUUCAAAUCAGAGAAGUAACGGCACAACAAAUAAACAGAGACAAGAUGUUAGACGAAUUUAGUGUAGCUAUUGAUGCUAGAGUAUCUGAAUGGAAGGGCAUAUUGGAUGAAAAAGAUGAUGAAAUUACACGUUUAAAAGAAAGCUUAUCACAAUCAUUAAUGCAAUCUGUUUCAUUGGUUAAAGAAGAAAAUAAAUUCGAGAUUAUUCAUCUAAAUGAAGAAAUAGUUCGCCGUGAUACAAUUAUAGUUGAGUUACAGACUAAAUUGUCCGAAGCAGUUGCUGAAAUAAAUGAGAGUGCUACACUUAUAGAGAAACUAAAACAAAAAGUACAAGAGCCUGUAAAAAGUGACAAACGGAAAGAACAGAAAAAUCUGUUAAAAAGAAUACAAAAUGCAAAUGAAAAAAUUUCUAAUUUGGAGAAUGCAUUAUCUCAAGCACAAGAUGAUGCCAGGUCUCAAAGUAGCAAGUUGUGCGAUGUGCUAUCUAUCCUAAAACAAUAUGAAGAGGGAAAUGAAGCAUUAACUAAAGCAUUAAAUGAAAUUAAAGAAUUAAAGAUCAAACUGGAUCACAAAACUGAACAUGUGGAAGAUUUAGUUAAUGUCGUUAAUAAACUGGAGAUGUUAAAUUCGUAUCAAGAAAUGGAAAUUUUAACCCUUAGAGAAAAGUUAGGGAUCCCAGAGGAUGAAUCAGUAUCAAUCAAAAGUGUUGUAGCAAAACGAAAAGAAGAAUCAAGAAAAUUAGAAGAGCUUGUUCAGCAAAAUAAAAGCCUUGUAGAGGAAAAUUUAGAAUUAAAGUCAGAUAUAAGGAUGUUAAAAUAUAAAUUAAGCAAGUCCGAGAAAGUAUUAGAUAUUUCAGAUAAUUUAGGUGAUUCUAGUGAUCAGUUUUUACAUUCAACUAAGUUAGCGGAAUUAGACAAUAUGCAUGUACGCUCCAAAAGUGAUAUUUUUGAAGUUAAUCAGAAUAUUCAGAUACUUAUAGAAGAAAAUGAAGCGCUUAGAACAGGCAUGCACGAGAUUAUGGACAGUAUAUACAAUCAAGAUGGUAAGAGCAGGGUGGAGAUACAGUCCAGUACAUUGGAACGAUUAUUGGAAGCUUUAGAUGUUAGACAUUUAGCUGGUUGGUAUCAUCCAGCUAUGAGAUUACAGGGACAUCUCAAUGUGAUACAAGGUAGCAAUGCUGAAUUGAGGUCGCAGCUUAAGCUACUGAGAAAGGAAUUGCAAAAGAAAGACAAUAUAUUGCAAGAGUUAGCAGUAAAUAGGAAUAUAGAUGUUGAAAAAUUGUACGAAAAGUAUAACGAAGAAGAUGAAGCGAUGACAAUAUAUCUUACGGAAAUGAAAGCUCUGCAAACGGCGUAUAAGAAUGAAGCGGAAGAUUGGGAAAAGCAAAAAGAUUUGUUGGUUCAGGAGACCAAUGAAUUGAAGGACGAAUUAAACGGCAAAAAGAAGCAGUUAGAUAUUUAUAAAGAAAGUCUGCAGAUUAUUGAGAGUGGAGAUGACGAAAUUCAGAAAGCAUUCACGAUAAAAACGAGAGAGUACGCGGACGCCGCUAAUGAAGCAAUUAUUGUGAGUAGGAAAAACGUUAAUCUUCAACAGUUACUUAAUAAGGAAACUAGCAGACUGUACGAGUGUCAAAAGCAGAUGAUAAAAAAAGAGGGCGAACUCAAUAGAGCUCUCGCGGACGUAAAUAAGUAUAAUAAAACGUUGUUAUCAGAAAUUUCACUUCUACAGAGUAAUUUGUGUAAUUCUGUGAGUAUAGCAGUGCACAACGAACUAAAGGAGAAACACGAAGAAUUAAAUAUACGUUAUCAUGCUUUGCUAGAAACCGCGAUGUCACCUUUCGAUCACAAUGAAGUUUCGUUUUUGAAGGCCGAGAUAGAAACGAUAAGGCAAGAAAAAUAUCAACUCGUGAAGGAUAUGCAGAAAGUCGACAGUUGUGAGAACGAUAAUUUACAGCAGAGCUUGAAGGAAAUAGAAGCUAGAGAAUUAAUCGAGAGACAACGAGCGGAUCAAAUGGCCAGAUUGUACGAAAUGGCACAAACUCAGUUGACAAAGUACGAAGAUAAUGUUAAGCGACUUACCGUUUCCAAUUCUGAACUGCAGGAGAACUUGAUCGAGAUGCACAGGAAAUUAUCUAACGAAGUAGGAACGUCACAGGAAACCGUCCAAGUAGACGAUAAUCGUGUACAAAAGCUGCAGAAUGCGAACACUCAACUUGUCACGGAGAAUGAAGGUUUGAAAAAGAUGCUGCAGAUUUCUCAAGAAGAGACUCAACUACAGUAUUCGCUAAAUUCGUUGCAAACGCUAGAAUUGGACAAUCUCAGACAUCAGAUAUUAGACUUGCAAGCUGUAAGUGAAGAUAAGGCCACCAUUUCGAGACUCGACUUCGAGCUCACAAGUACGAAGAUAUCGGAAAUGGAAUUAAUUGCGCAAAAAACUCGACUGCAGAACGAGCUGUCUUCCACGCGACAGGAGCUCGACGACUCGAGGAGGAAGUACGAGGAAAUGCGCGGUUACAUGCAAGAUUACCGGAAACGAUGUGACAAUCGUUGCAAGUAUUAUACAGAUAUCAUAUAUUUUUUACAAUGCCAGUACGCGGGAUCAACUUCUAUAAGUAGUCUGGAAAAAGUGAUCGCUCUCACUGCAAAAUUGAAGAUAGAUCGACAAAACGUCGAUUUAGAGAUGCAAAAAAUUAAAAAGUGCCACGAAAAUGUGAAAUAUGAACAGCAACUCUUGUCCACACGCCUCGAGAUUGUCGAGCGCCUGAAAGAUAUAUUGGAGCAACAAAUUGGCGCCGGUAAUGUCGAGAAUAUAAUGGAACAUUUCGCGGAAACCUCACAGCAGAUCCUGAGUGACUUCAAGUACAAGCGACGGAUAGCCCACUUGGAGCAUGAACUUCAAAUAGCCAGCAGCAAAUUCAACGAAUACGAGUUGGUAAUUGCCAGUAUGGAGCAGGACAUGAUGAAUCUUCAAAGGGCUUGGCAUCCGCAACAAGAUCAUCAGGUUCCAAUUCAUGUACCACACUUGGAGGCGAAGUCUGUGCAAGCAACAAUGGAGCUUCAGGUUGUCGGCGUUCAAACAGAUACUUACGUGUGUUGCCUGGAUCAAAAGGUAGAAGAUGCAGUUGAGAAGGAUGAAGUUUCCGAGAGCAGCGCCCAAGGGCCGCCUGAACCGAGUGAAACCACAGUGAAGACAUUCCGAGAUGCGGAGAGUAAUACAGAAGACAACGAUAGCUCCACAUGUCUUAACGAGCAAUUGGAUCAAGCGCUGAAACUUGUAUCACAACGUUCCGCGAUGUUGGUCAAGUGCGAAUCGCAAUUAGCAGAAUGCCAGACAAAAGUGGACACUUUAACCAAGGUAAUCGAGGAGAAAGACUCGUACCUUAUCCAAAAGCAGAAUAUGUUGGACGAGUUGACGUCUCAGUCGCACGCCAUGGACAUUGAAUGCACCGACAAGUUGGCGUUGAAAUCAACGAUAAAUAGUUUGCAGAAAUUGGUUAGUCAAAAGGAGGAGACCAUUUUGAGAUACCAGCAUUUAUUGAAAGAGGACAGGGACGAGCACAGUCGGGCGGCGAGUCGUUUUCAAGAUGAGAUUAAAAGCUUGCACGACCGUAUCUUGACCAUGCAGUGUGAGAUAAGAAAGAACGAAGAGUCGAUUGUGAAGAACGUCCUCGGAAGAGCAUCCUCGCUCUCGACGUCCAAUGAGGGUGCAUCGAAAACACCAAGGGGCAGCGCCGCGCAGGAAGAAGAGAUUGUUAGGCUGCGUGAGAGGGUGUCUACUUGCGAAGCGGAAUUGAAUAUCAGCAAAGAACUAAGUGAUCGUUGGCAUCGAUUGGCAGAGGAAAGAUUGAAGCAUAUGGAUCGUAUGAGAGAAAGGCUAGAACAACAACAUAAAACUGAACUCGAGAGCUAUUGCGGUGAAUUGAACAAGUGGCAAGCCGAAGCCGACACGCUAAGGCAGCAGUUAUCUGAGAAUCGUGUGCUGCUCACGAAAGGAAGUAUCUCUCUGAUGAAGGAACUGCAAGAGAAGGAUGACAAAAUACAUGAACUGAGUCUCACCUGUCAACAAUUGCAGAAUGAAAUUGAGUUAAUGGAGUCUAUAGGUCGAUCUCAGCAGAUGAUAGCUCGGGCUGACACGAAAACGAACGAGACUGCGUACAAUAGCCAUCGUGAUCAACAGCAGCGCGAUCAAAAUCAAGUGGAUCUUUUGCGUCGGCAGCUUCAGUCGCUAAUCGAGAAGGAGAAGAUGUACAAGUACGAAAUAGCCGACUUGAAACAGCAACUCAGUCGCAGAUACAUGGCAACAAAAACUCAGGAGAAAAAAAUAUCGCAGCGUGAAGCUCAACUCGAGCGCAAAGUAGCGUCGCUGGAAGAAGAGUUAUAUAAAACGAAAACUCAAUUAGAUCGCGAAUAUCUGGCACAAGAAGCUAAAAAGACUAAGACUGCAGAGGAACUUGCAUUGUGGGAGAAACAGAAAAAGUGGCAACAAACAGCGGAAAAAUUAAAAGUGAAGCUCAAAGAGAAAACCGACGAAUAUGCGAAAUUGUUGGCGAAUCACGAGAAACUUCGAGCUGUCGUUUCGUGUAUGGAACGAGAGAAAUGGUACUUAAGAAGCAGGCUUAAAUAUGAGAGCGAUAACGUACCUGGCGAUUCAUCAACAAAAUUUAUGUUGAAUGUACAACGCAAAACAGCGGAAGAACUGGAGAAAGAAUGUUUAACACUGAGAGAACGUGUUAAAGAAUUGUCUGAUCGUUUAGGGAAAGAAGGUAAUGAACAGUUAAUGUUGAAAAUAGCGGAAUUGAAACGCCACAAUGCCGCCUUAGAAGCAACUUCUCAGGGCAAUGUGUUUGUGAUUAGUCAGCUAGAGAAAUUAGAAAUGACCAAAGACAUCUUGGAAAAGAUGAAUCUCAAGUUGGAGAGCGAAAAUUUCGAGUUGCGGCUCGAAUUAGAGAGGGCGAAUUCAAAUACUCCAAGAUUGCGAGAGAAAGUGGAUCAUUUAGAAAAAUAUAUAAAGUUAUUAAAGGCAGAAAAAUCGUCUGAUUCGAGCCCCAGAUCGUCAAACAAAGACUUGCCAGAAUCAGGCAGUAAAAAAUCUAUCUUUGAAAUGGAGAAAACGAUAUUUACAUUGAAGCGAAUCAUUGAGAAACUUCAAGCAGAGAAUAAAAGACUGAAAUUUAGUACUAAGAAAAAUCAUUUUCUAGUCAAUCAAGGUAAGAUAAGCACCAUUGAAGGAGACAUUUCACUUCAGAGACAAUAUGAGGAAUCUCAAAAACGUGUGAUAAGUUUAGAAUCGGAUUUGCGACUAGCCGAACAGAGAGUAGCCAUGUUAGAAAAGGCUCAAAGAGAAGACGAUAACGGGGACUUGAAGAUUUUGAAGCAACAGCUGAUUCACAAGUCUGAACUUCUGGAAAAAGUAAAACAGUUAUUGACGCGUGCGGCCAUCAACGAGAAGACGUUGCGGCAACGCGUGCAACAAUUGGAGUUAAAGCAAACUCUGUCGACGAUCCCGGAAUGUUAUGUGACACCGCCUACACCAGAAUAAUGGAUGUUCUGGGGAAAAAAGCACAAUUCAAAAUGAGUCGAUGGGCUUGCAGUGAAAGUCAUAUAUAUUUUUAUCGAGACAAAUGUACAUAUAUAUUUUGUUCAGCCGAGCACAUUUAUAUCAAGUGGGAUCUUGUCUUUUCUUUGUCUUUAUCCAAUGCUUGUGUGUUGUGUUUUACAAUAAUUUUAUAUCGCGUAGAUAUAAUCGUAUCAUUCUUUUUUUUGUACACACAGGUGCACAAUGUUUAUUUGUAAACGGGAGAAGUUGCUAUUUAUCCUAAGACGCUUCCUAUGUAUGUAUAUUUGGCAUACAUAUGGUAUUUGAGAGAACGAAAAGUGAAAUUUGGUUGUGUAAUAAAACAGGUGUAUACACAAUUUCAAUUAUACAUCUGCCGCAAUUUCAAAUUACAAAGUUGCAUGCCAAAAUACGUCAUCAUCAGCGCAAAAAUCCCAUUUAGCCAUUUAGAAAGCGUCUGCUUUUUCUAAACGCACAAUAAAGUAUUUUUAGUUAAAUUAUAUAUGUCGCAGUGAUGUAUACAUCUCGAAGAACAAAAAAUGUUCUUUCAAAACAUUCUAACGUUGUAAACAUUUUACAUUGAAUUACAUUUUAGACAGUUGUAAAUCGAAUGACUUUUUUCCCUUCUGAAGCUGAACAAUUUUUAGACAUAUUGUAUAUCAUAUCUAUUUGCUCAGUGUCGCAUAAAGCCCGCUUCGAACUUGUGUCGAUUGUACACUUUCUUUUUAAUAUAUAUAACAUAAUUUAUUUCAAUAUUUUAGAUAUCGGAAGUGUAUCGAAUAUUUUAGACAAUCACAAGACACAAGUGUAACUUGAGUCACAUUUCUCAUGAAUAUGGAAUAAUAAACUUGACUAGCAAAUCUCAA